AAUAAGUCAUUUAAAUUGUUUGAUCCUUGUUUUCAGGUAAUGCAUGAAGAAAAUUCAAGCCUGGUCACUGAGUUACAGGAAGAGGUAGAGGAAAAUCUUAGUCCAAUUGUGGAUGAGACUAAUGUAGUGUCAGCUAAAAAACAGGGGCCGAGUUCUCAUAACUGGAGUGGUGACUGGAGCUUUUGGAUUUCAAGUUCUACGUAUAAAGACAGGAAUGAAGAAUAUAAAAAGCAGUUCACACAUCUACCUGAUACAGAGAAGCUGGUAGCAGAUUAUGCAUGUGCUCUUCAGAGGGACAUUUUGCUUCAGGGACGACUGUACCUUUCAGAAAACUGGCUGUGUUUCUAUAGCAACAUCUUUACAUGGGAAACUACGAUUUCUAUUGCUUUAAAGAAUAUAACCUUUAUGACCAAGGAGAAGACGGCUCGACUCAUCCCAAAUGCUAUCCAGAUCAUUACAGAGGGUGAAAAGUUUUUCUUCACAUCUUUUGGUGCCAGGGAUAGAAGUUACCUCAGUAUAUUUAGGUUGUGGCAGAAUGUUUUACUGGAUAAGAGCCUGACCAGACAGGAGUUCUGGCAGCUGCUUCAGCAGAACUAUGGCACUGAGCUGGGCUUAAAUGCGGAAGAGAUGGAAAACUUGUCAUUAUCCAUCGAAGAUGACAUGCGGCCCAGAAGCCCAGCAAGAAGCAAUGUGGAUGACUCUGGGGAAAGAGAAGAAAAAUUACCCAAAGCGAUCAGUUUUACACGGGAAUCUAUUAGUCGAGUUUCAGAAACAGAGUCGCUAGAUGGAAAUUCAUCAAAAGGAGGAUUAGGCAAAGAGGAGCCCCAAGAUGAGAAACAUAUUAAAAGGAGUCCUUUAUUAACUUCAGAAAGGAGGUUAAAUAGAAUGCCAUCAAAAUCACUGGACUUGAAUAAAAAUGAAUAUCUUUCUCUGGACAAAAGCACCACUUCAGAUUCUCUGGACGAAGAAAAUGUUCCUGAGAAAGACCUUCAAGGAAGACUUUAUAUCAACCGUGUUUUCCGGAUCAGUGCUGAGAGAAUGUUUGAGCUACUCUUCACUAAUUCCUGCUUUAUGCAGAGAUUUGUCAAUUCUAGAAAUAUAAUAGAUGUAGUAUCUACCCCUUGGACUGUAGAAUCUUCAGGAGAUCAGCUGAGAACGAUGACCUACACUAUUGUCCUUAAUAAUCCACUUACUGGGAAGUGUACGGCUGCCACGGAAAAGCAGACACUCUAUAAAGAAAGCCGGGAAGCACAAUUUUACAUCGUAGAUGCGGAGGUUCUGACACAUGAUGUCCCCUACCAUGAUUACUUCUAUACCCUAAACAGAUACUGCAUCAUUCAAUCUGCAAGACAGAAAUGCAGGCUGAGAGUUUCCACAGAUGUGAAAUACAGAAAACAGCCAUGGGGCCUUGUCAAAUCUUUAAUUGAGAAAAAUUCCUGGGGUUCAUUGGAGAACUAUUUCAAACAGCUUGAGUCAGAUUUGUUACUGGAAGAAUCUGUCUUAAAUCAGUCCGUUGAGGAGCCUGGAAAACUUAGUGGGCUGAGAAGGAGAAGGAGGACAUUCAACCGAACAGCAGAAGCAGUCCCUAGGCUUUCUUCUCAGCAUUCGUCUGGAGAUAUGGGCUUGGAGGCAAAAGGCGAUAAUAUAGGAAAGAAAAAAGAAGUGGAAAGCUGUAACAUGGCUCUUAUUGUGAUGAUGAGUUUUUUUUUGCUGUUUUUAGUUUUGUUGAAUGUGACAUUGUUUAUGAAGUUGUCAAAGAUAGAAUAUGCUGCUCAGUCCUUUUACCGUCUCCAUCUACAAGAAGAGAAAUCAUUAAAUUUGGCCUCUGAUAGGACCUCAAGAACAGAACAUAUUCAAAAGAGCAAAGAUCAAGCCCAUCGUUUAAAAGGAGUGCUUCAAGAUUCCAUACUGAUGCUGGAACAGCUCAAGAGCUCUCUUAUUAUGCUUCAGAAAACCUUCGAUCUACUCAAUAAGAACAAGACUGGCAUGGCUGUUGAAAGCUAGUGAUCUUAAGACUGAAACAUUAGAGAUACCAGGAACUAAAACAAAACAAGAUGAAGGAUUUUAAUCAUCAUAGGAAUAUUGCCACUUUUUCUUCUUGGAAUUUCUAAUUCAAGCAUUCUUUUAAAUAACAUUUACUUGAUAAUUAUUCUCUGAUAGCUUCCUGAAUCUAUUCUUCUACUUCCUAUAGAUAUUUUUAAACUGUGAAUUUCUCCAGUGAACCAUGAAAUACAUUCUGGAGUUGAAAAUCUGUGAUACAAAAAGAAAAGGAGACUGAAUUGAGCUUCUUUUCUGUGGUGAGGCUUGAAGUUUGAUGCUUUAAAUGUAUCUGUCAGUGCUGAAUGAAUGUUUUUCAUACACUGUUAUGGUAGAUAAAAGAAGCCUCUUAAUCACUACUAAUUCCAAAGGAUUGGUUUUUACAACAUUACUACAUUUGUACCUUGUAAAUAUUGUGUGUUUUAUUUAUUUAGCAUGCAAAUUCAAUAGUUAACCCUUUUGAAUCUGCAUGUUGAUCAUUUUUAUCAGAAAGGUUCUUUAGCCAGUAUCUUUAUGAGAGAAAUGGUUCUUUUUUAUUUAGGCAGCAGAAAUGAGAUGAUCUAUUUCAUUUAUCAAAAAAAUAGAAGAGGGGGGCUUGGAAUAUGACCUAGUGGUAGAUUGCUUGCCUCGCAUACAUGAAGCCCUGGGUUCAAUUCCCCAGCAUCACAUAUAUAGAAGAAGCCAGAAGUAACACUGUGGCUCAAGUGGUAGAGUGCUAGCCUUAAGCAAAAAGAGCCAGGGACAGUGCUCAUGCCUUGAGUCCAAGCCCCAGGACUGGCAGAAAAAGAAAAAAGAAAAAAAAGAGGCAGUUUAGGAAAAACAAUGUGUGGGACACUAAGGCUCAAAAUGAUGAGCCAUCUUCUGAUACAAAACCAAAGUAUGUUAAAAUUGAGCACUUAAUGACAGAUCACAUACAUCUUUGAAUUAAGCUCGAAUUCAUCUUAGCAAUCUUUCAUAAUGGAAAUGAUUUAUCUGGUUGAAAAGAGUUUGUGUGUUACUUUUAGUCAUUAUGAAUUGAUUUCAUUCUUUUUAUAUGCAUGUAUAAUGUGUGUAUUGUAUGUUCUUAGUAAGUUAUAAGUCAGACAUAAACCUUAGCUCUUAAAAUACUUUUGGUAAAUGCAUAUCCCAAGUAAGUUUACUGACUGAAGGUGUGAGACAUAAGCCCAGGCUUUUUGUUGUUGUUGUUGUUCUGCUUUGUGCUAGAACUGGAGCUUAAACUCAAGGCCUGGACAUUGCCCCAUAGCUUUUUCUGUUCAGGGCUGGCAUUCUACCACUUGA